AUGAUCAAUCGGUUUACAGAAAGAGGUGAUGUGUACGAAACCACUGAAAUCACCGAGAUUCGACUCAAGGAAGUUGGUGAUAAAUACAAAAUGGAUUUGGAGAAACUCGAGAAUGAGCGGGUAUCGUUCGUUGAAAUCCAUUUUUGA